GAAUAGCUAGUUUUAUUUAGUUGAUAUUGUCAGUUGGAAAAUUGGGGGAAUUCAAAAUUAGCUUAGUCUAUGCCUAUUGAUAUUCGUGACAUUGAAGCCGGGCCACUGCAAACCCGUUUCAAGUGGAUCAAAAUUCAACUUCUUUCUGGCUGUACUUCCAGCAUAGUAGAGAUAUCUCUCUUAUUGCCACUCGAUGUGAUCAAAACCCGGCUGCAGUUACAGAAGAAUACCUUAUUGAAGGGCCUACAGCAUUACAAUGGUGUCAUCGAUGCUUUUGUCAAGAUCUAUCGUCAGGAGGGCAUUACAGCAUUCUGGCGAGGUUUGAUUCCUCCAUUACUCUCCGACACUCCUCGGCGAGCGAUCAAGUUUAUGGCUUUUGAGCAACUGAAGCCAGUUUUGCAAUUUGGUCCAGAGCCGACUUUUAUCACAUAUGCACUAGCUGGGGGAAUAGCCGGAACGAUCGAAGCAGUCUUACAGACUCCAUUCGAAGUGGUCAAAAUCACCCAGCAGGCGAAUCGAAGGAAGAGACUUAGGACGUUAACUGUGGCCAAAGACAUCUUCAAAAAUGGAGGAUUUGGUUUUCAAGGUUUCUUCAAAGGGGUGACGGCAACAGUUUAUCGGAAUUUUAUAUAUCACGUCGCAUACUUGGGACUAUAUUCUACUGGGAGAGACAUAACUCCUGUUAGCCAGACUGACAUAACAGAAUUCUUUCGGAAAUUUGGACUUGCCUUUAUAUCAGGCUGCAUAGGCUGUUUCCUAAGCAUUCCCUUUGAUGUGAUUAAAUCCAGGAUACAAGGACCACAGCCUGUUAAUGGUGAGAUCAAAUAUUCCAGAGUGUUUCCUACACUCCACACUAUCUAUAGAGAGGAGGGCAUUGCAGCCUUAUUUAAGGGGAUAACCCCUCAACUAUUGCGGACGGGUCCCGGUGGGGUUAUUUUACUUUUGGGAUUUGAAUAUAUGAAUGAGCUCUUAAUAACUAAAUUGGUUUAAAGUUUACCAAGUUUUAAAGUAAUAAACUUAAGUAUAAAUGGAAAUCUAAGAUGUCAAACUUCAAUCUCAAUCUGGAAAUACUGGGGAGCUGCAAGAUUUACACUAAAAACGAAACAAUAUACUAUUUUUGUUUAUUUCAGUUGAUGUAGCAGUAUUUCAAUUUGUCUUUGGAAAAAUUCUUAUGGGUGAUAACAAUAACUAAACAC